AUGGAAAGAGUGCAUAGAACUCUACCACCUGUCCCUCCUAACAAGACGCAGACUAAGCGAGAGUUAGAUAAAGCAAUCUGCAAGAAAGCAUUCGACAAGAUCACGUUAGAGAUGCCAUUGAGUGAUGCCAUAAGAAGAAGUUCCAGUGUGAACCUCAUGCCGCACUCUGUCGCGAUAUCCCUAGGAUACAACAAGUUCAAACCUACCAAAAUAACUCUGGUUUUGGCCGAUAGAUCCGUUAGAUUACCUGCAGGAGUGCUUGACGACGUGCCGAUAAGGAUUAAUAACUGUCACGUCCCAACGGAUUUCGUUGUGCUGAAAUACAGAAAUGAACCAAAAUAUCCCCUCAUUUUAGGUAGACCGUUUCUAGCUACAGUAGGUGCGAUAAUCGAGGUCAAGGAGGGUAGAAUAAGUCUAAACAUGGGAAACAUUCCGAUGACCUUCGACAUGGAUAAGCUGAUAAAACGACCUUUAACCGAUAAAUAG